UUGUAACUUUAAAAGUAAGGUUUUAUUUAAUUCUUUGUUAAAAAUACGGUUACAUGUUUUGUCUGGUAGAAAUGUUCUAAAUUUUGUUUGGUAAACGAUAAUGUAAAAUAUUCAUAAAUUGAUAAAAAAAAUGGCCACAGCACGAGUAUUAUUGGCUGAACCAAUACUACCUAAUGUAUCAUGCGGGCUCUGAUGUCAUGGCUUUGGUUCAAUUUGCCACUUGAAAAUAAUAUAAUUCACACAAUCAUUAAGAAUUAGGAUAUAACAUAUAUGAGGAGUGCUAUGGAGCCAGCAGAAUUUGUAAUGUGUAGCCAUCAAUUAGCCAUCAUCAAUAUUUUUAAUGGUGUGAGAUGACAUCUAAUGGUUAAGUGCUGGUCAAAUUUCAAUAGAAGUGCUGACCUUCUAGACUUUUCCAACAUAUAUAGUACAAAAACAAAGCAAUACCUAGAGCAUUCCUCUCCACACUACACUCAUGACUAUUGCUUUACUUGGAAUUGUCAUUGGAAACUUGCAAAAUUUUGUCUAAAAUGAGCUUGCAACAAUUUGGGGGGUUGAAUCACAUACCGUAAAGCUAUCUAGUAACCUCAGUUCAAUCCAUGCAGUGCUUCAAGAUGCUGAAGAGAAACAAAUUACAGAGCGUGCUGUGAAGCUUUGGCUGCAGAAGCUUUCAAAUGCAGCAUAUGUAUUUGAUGAUAUCUUAGAUGAAUGUUCAAUAAAAUCCAACCGUCUAGUGCUUAAGGCACAUGUUAUGUACUUUGCCCGUUUUGUUCAUAAAAUUCAUGUUUGUUGUUCAUAAUUUUAUUCAUAAUUUUGUUUAUAUUUGUUCAUAAACACUGUGAUAAUUCUGUUGAUGAGUAGUUUUGUCAACACUGUGAUAAAAGCUUGUAAACUGAGUUAAUUUUUUUUGGUAAGUGCUGUGAUAUUUAAUUAAAUCGGUUAAAUUUCGAUUGAACUCUAGUUGAACCAGUAAAUUGUUGAAUCAGUGACUUUACCGGUUUAUUGACCGGUUUGGUUCUCAACCUUUGUAAUUACUCUUGGUUGUUAUCUAGUACCCAGACCCAAGUCUCAACCUUAGGUUGCUGCACUGCUGUGACUUCAUCUUCUCCCCUUUUCCUUUGCCAACUUCGCUGCUCCGUUCAACUUCUGCGCCGCCGCUGUCCUGCAUUGCUACUCCACGUCUCUGCUCUUCUCUUCGCCGGCAUCUCUCACCUCUCUGGCCAUUUCUCCCCUGUCCCUGAACCAUAUUGAUAUGCUGUGUGUGUAAAUUGCUAGGCAACAAAGUAGUAAUGACUUCUUGUUACUUCAACCCUCUGCAUGCUACUUGUCAUCUCACUUCUACAGGCUUAUCUACAAAGUUCAAGAUUCCGAAGCUUCACAUGCAGAAAAAGAGGUGUCAAGUCUCUUCAAGAUCUUCGAAAGUAACUGCAUUUUAUGGCUUGAGGACCCCUCCUUAUGAACAUGAUGCAGUAAAGCCGUAUAUGAGUAAGAAGACAAUUGACAUGCAUUGGGGAGAACAUCAUCAUACUUUUAUAGAAUGUUUGAACAAACAGCUGGAGAAGGAUGAUAUACUAUACGGUUACACCUUGGAUGAACUAGUCAAAGUGACGUACAACAAUGGCAAUCCCUUACCUGAAUUCAAAAAUGCUGCUGAGAAACACCGACAGUUUCAGUUUGGAGCUACAUAGGUCAUAAAGGGACUUCAUUCUUCAUUCUUCAAUACUGGGAUGAUGUAUAUAUCUCCACAAAGAGUAAAUACUUAACCUGGUUGCUGACCAUCUUAUUUCUUAAAUUGCUGCACGAUCAUGAAUUUGUUCAUCCACCCCGUAACUUUCUCUCUCUUCGGAAUAUGUUGAAAUUAAGGAGAUUGGAGAGGUAGUUUGUCUAAUUUGUGUCUAUAAUAUGAAUUAUGAAGAGUUAAUUUUGUAUAUUAACGAAAAAUCUGAGUAGUUGAAAUUAGUAAUAAUUAACAUGUGUUUUAAUGUUUC